AUGGAGGGUCGUACCUUCCUGAGUGACGAACAAGUCCAUCACCUGCGACAGAUCCCUCUUGAUAAUCUGCAUGACGCUACUCGUUAUUGGGAUGACACUGAUGCCUUCUAUCUGGUAGAGGGACUUGAAAAGUUCAAAGGUAUGCUCUGCUUUGCCUUUACCUUCGCCUUUGCUACCCUGCUGACUCGAUUCAACGUAGCUGAGAUAGUCGAAAAGGCAGUGUCAUUGAAGGGAAGCGUUGUGAAAUUAGCUGAGGACGAGGGCGAUGAGCUGGAUCAAUGGGUCGAGGACAUAUUUGAUCCUAGGGUGCGUCCUGAAGGGUUGCCUCGGAUUGAGCGUCGCCAACAAGACUGA